UUUAUCAUAAUGUCACACUUGAGUUAUGCAGAAAGAUGUUUUCCUGUUUCAAGAUAUCUCGAUAUGUUAGGAUAGGGGAUUAAAACUGACGCUGUCUAUAUUUUAAAAGCGUCAUUAAGGAAUGUAAACAGUUGUAAGCGAACUUAGUGGAAAAGUUUAUAGUGGAACUUAAAAAAUGAACUAGACUAAAUAUUAACUGAAUACAAAGAAAGCGGAAAAAAAAACUUUUUAUAAAUCGAAACUAGUGACAUAGAGCUAUGGAGGACUUUUCAAGAUUCCAAGCGAAAUUGACAGGUGUUGGAUAAAAGAAUGGUGUACAUGGCAGAGGACAAACAAAAAGAUGAGAAUAAUGGCAAAAAUCUGUCUCAAAUUGAAGCUGAACGAGUUGAACUUGCAGAUAGUGAGGUGUUUGACGAUGAAUCUGAAAAAAAAAAGUCAAGAUAUUCAUUUCCACUCGGCAAUAAAAUGAUGACAAUGGAAGACGAAUUUGACAGUUUCCAAAGACCUAGGUCUUUUUCUGAUGCUUCAUUAAGCAGUGGAAGACAUGAUUUUAAAACACUGAAAGGUACUUUUUAUGUUGAUGGAAAGACAUCAAUGAAAGUGUUUGUACGUAGAGAAAGUCAAGUGAUUUCAAGAACUGAUGAACAUAGUACGAUUGCGGUGGCUGAAGAUGCUCUUUCAAAGGCACAUAUUGACAGGCAUAGCCUUCAGCUUUGGUCACGACCUAAGGAAAAGGUUUUAAGUUUAGAUGAUAUAAAUGACAGAACUGUAGUGAGUCAAGGUGCACCAGCUAAACCAAGGUUGCCAUCAAACUACAGGCAAUAUUUAAAUGAGCAGUUAAAACUUUAUCAUGAAACAAAUGAUAAGUGGAGAAAUUCUGGCGGGAAUUUACAGGAAUCUCAUUCAAAAAGUAACAACUUGCCAGGCAAAAGUGUUGAAAGAUCGGAUAAAUACAAAAACACUAAUCAGAGUGGAAAAUCUAGAUCUCGGGAUACUGGAAGUGAAGUUAAAAUAAAACCACCUGUUGGAAAUCUUCGGAGAGGUAGAUCGUCUGUUUCAGAACUUACAUCUAGACCCAGUAGUGUCAUUUAUAGACAUUUCGAUCCACAGUUACAGUCAGAACUUCUCAAGAAGGAGCUAGAUAGUUUAAGAAUCUCUAAAAAUGUAAGGAAGAAAUCUGAAACAAUGAGACAGUGGAUUGAAAGUGGGUCAAGACCAAAGUCUACUAGUGAUCUACAUGUCAGAUUUUCAGAUGAAAUAACAGUGAAAGAACUUACAGAUUCUGAUAAAGAUAUAGAAAAGCAAAGGAACAAAAUACUGCCAAAGCAGUCUAAAUCAUUAGAUAUUUCUAAGAAAGAUUACAAAACUGGGGAUAAUAAUGGGGAUAGAAAAACUCACUUAGCAUACCCACAAAGUGGGGCUUUUGACAGUAAGUUACAGAAUGAUUCUAGGGGAAGACAGGAUGAUAGAACAGUAGAUACUUGCACUAAAACCUAUGGAUCUAGAGGGCCAGGUAUCACCAGAGGUCAAGUUCCAGUUAGGUCAAAAUCUGCCACAGCAUUAGGAAGGAAUAGAGAUGUUUCAAGACAAGCUGGGGAUUGGAAACCUUUACAAGAAAGCCAGAAAACUCAACUCUCUAAAUCAGCAUCUAACUUACAGCGGAGACAGAAUACAAUUACCAAGUUUAACUACUCUACUGUGGAACUAAAACGAGAAAAUGUAAGAGCAAAAUACUAUCAGAGUGACAAAAAGAACAGAAUAGAAUCAUUUUCACCUGGUUUAGAUGAUGUAGUAACAGCUCAUUCCAAAGCUAGUAAUUUGCAAAACAUUGAUCUCAGAGUUGGUGCUAAUACAGCUGAUCUCAAAGAUACAAAAGCAAUAGGUGACAAUAGAUCUGAUGAAGAAAAAUAUGCGGCUUUGUCACGGAGUAAAAUUCUUCAUACAAAAUCAUCAUCAUUUGACAAUCAGUUGAAGCAGAAUUCUGGAAAAAUACACGAUGGACAAGCAGAGCCAAAAUAUGACAAUAGUCUGUCAAAACAUGGUCAUAAACCUGGUGCUGAAAAUUUGGCAGAAAGAAUGAAAUUGACGUUCAAUUUAGAUAAAAUUGCUCAAAAGUCAAAUAAUACUGGUGCUCAAAGUGUACAUAAACCAAAAUACAAAGACAGUAAGGCAAAGAAAGGUGAUACUGAUCUCUCAUAUAGUGAUAGUGAAUAUAUAGUUAAGAAAGGUGCUAAAAAUGCUCACAAUGUGCCAAAUGUAGGGUCCAAUACUUCCCAGCAAGGGAAGAUCGUGCUUAGACAGUGUAGAAUUGGUGAAGAUGUUGUGUUCGGAUUAGUUGCUGUUCAAGACAGUGCGGCAAAAGCACACAAAGCUAAGCCUAAUGGCAAUGGUUACCUUGAUGGACAGGGUCUGGUUACCAUCCGGAUGAUACCGGAUGAACAGGGCAGAUUUGGCUUUAAUGUCAAGGGUGGGGCAGAUCAGGGUAUGCCUAUUAUUGUAUCACGGGUGGCGCCCAACACUCCAGCAGACAACGCUAUACCUCGCCUUAACGAGGGGGACCAGGUGCUGUUUAUAAAUGGCAGAGAUGUCUCCCAACAUACUCACGAACAGGUUGUGCUAUUUAUAAGACAAUCGAGGGAGUCUCGAACGAAGAAUCUUAAUUUGGUUGUAAGGCCAAAUGCAUAUUCUGCGGACGAUAAUUCGGAUGAGCCCGACUUUGUCUACGAUCCGGAAACUCACCAAAUAUCUAGUGCUACUUCUGGAGCCAAUGCUUUAGAUCUGUCCCUUAAAUUAUUAGAAGAAAGUUUAGAAAGUGGUGCCGCUCUUGCUCAAUUUGAACAAUUAUAUAGAAAGAAACCAGGUAUGACUAUGAAUAUUGCACGGUUAGAAACCAACGUACCAAAGAACAGAUACAGAGAUAUAUCACCUUAUGACCAGACAAGAGUGAUGAUUAAGAAUGGAAAUAGUGGUGAUUAUAUCAAUGCUAACUAUGUAAAUAUGGAAAUCCCAGUGUCCGGUAUAUUGAACCGGUAUAUAGCUGCUCAGGGUCCGUUACCGACAACGUGUAUAGACUUCUGGCAGAUGGUCUGGGAACAACAAUCUACACUAGUCGUCAUGCUUACUACCAAGGUGGAGCGUGGUCGUAUAAAAUGUCACCAGUACUGGCCCGACCUGUACGAGACCUCAGAUUACGGCCAUCUACAGAUCACAUGUGUGAAAGAGGAGGAGUCAGCCUCAUUUGCAUUUAGGGAAUUUAAUUUAACACAUGUAGAGUCCCAGGAAGAGAGGCAUAUAUCUCACAUGCAGUAUAUUGCAUGGCCAGAUCAUGGUGUACCAGAUGAUCCCGCAGAUUUCCUUGACUUUGUACAGAAAGUACGGCAAAAACGGGUCGGUCUUGUAGAACCCUCAAUAGUCCAUUGUAGUGCUGGUAUAGGUAGAACUGGUGUAUUAAUCACCAUGGAAACAGCAAUGUGUCUUAUAGAAGCUAAUCAGCCUGUAUAUCCAUUGUCUAUAGUUAGGCAGAUGAGAGACCAGAGAGCAAUGUUAAUACAGACUCCGAACCAGUAUAAGUUUGUAUGUGAGGCAAUCAUUAGAUGUUAUAAUGAGGGAAUAGUAAAACCUUUACCAGAGUACCAACAGAGAUGAUAGCAAGCUUGGUUGUGGUGUGAAAUACUGCUGUCAAGUACAUUCUAGCAUUUUCGUAUGUAAAGGGACAUCACUCUUGCCCUCAUAGUCAUUACAUGACUCAGCAUUUUUAGACUGAACGCUGUGUUUGGUGCCAGUUCAGUCAAAGACUUUACCUUAUGGAAAAGAGGCUGGAAUUGUUGAUUUUUUGUAGUGUAUGGCAUUAUGACAUGUGACUUUUUUGUGACACAUUGUUGCAUAGAAUAUUGCCAUGUAAUUCACAGAUAAAUACUGAAUUAAAAUUUUGUGAUCAUUCCAAGGUAGAUUGUGUAUGUCCUUGAUGCAGGCCAGAUCUGUGUACCUAGAAGUUUGGAGUUAAUGAAACAAACUUCACACUGAAACUGAUCAGAAAAGAAAUGCAGGUGGAUCUUGAAAAUGAAAAACAAACUAAAUUACAUGGAAACUGACAGACAGUGGAAGGAUAUUAUCAAAAUAAAUAAUAUUCAUAGAGCCAAGUUUUCCACAGUUGCCUAGAUAUUAUUUACAUGGCAAUAAUGGGUUUUGAUACAUGUUUAUUCCUAAACUUUUGUAUAGACAAAGUGGAGGAUUUUUUUUCAUGCAUUGGAGUGGAUACUAGUGAGACACAAACGUACCCUGGGACUUUACACAAGACUUGUUAUUAUAGAUUAAAAAAAUGGUUGUGCAAAAGUUAUUUGUUGAAAACUACAUGUAUUGUGUAUAUGUACAUAGUAUUUAUAUGUUGAUCAUUGUAAAGUAUUAAAGAUAUUUCAGUGAGGUAAUUACAUAAGGUUUAAAAUGUACUUGUUUCCAGUCAGUAUUUUACCAGUUUGUAAAAGUUACCUCCCCUGUACCAUUAUCUUCAUAUCUGAUCAGAUCAGAGUUCUCCUUCGAUUUUGUUUUAUUGCCAAGUUCCAUAUUUGCCAAAGACGUUAAAAGUUGGAAUUGAUUACUGAUUUUUAAAGGAGGGUUUCUAGGAGUACUACAGUUUUGUACUGCCUUUCCAUUUAUUGAAAAAGUAGCUAGAAUACUAGAUUUUGGCCGCAGCAUUAGAAAACCAACAUAGUGUUUGUGACCAGCAUGGAUCCAGACCAGCCUGCGCAUCCGAUGAGAAACUGUUAGUGAACAGCAUGGAUCCUGACCAGACUGUGCAGAUGCACAGGCUGGUCUGGAUCCAUGCUGGUCGCAAAUGCACUGUGUUGGUUUUCUCAUAUUGCGGCUCAUUUUAUGAUAAGUCUUCAAAUGAAAUGUGUGCUAAACAACAUUUAUGAAUUUCUUACAUUUUACUAAUCGAGAAAUUUUUGGAUAGUUGAUGUAAUUCUUUUCUUUGAUGAAAAUUAUGAGAAAACUGGAAACAAACAUAUUUUUCAAACCUUAUGACUUACACUGAACUUGAAUGUUUCUCCACAAUCUGUCGGUUAUGCUUUACAUUACGGUUUCGAGUUCUUUGACACAUAUCAAGUCAUUUUAGGGCGGUUUAUUCAGUAACAUCAGGUGAUUAUCCUUGGGGAAUAAAUAUGACAUGUUGUUAACACAUUACCUGGACUAAAUGUAAAAAUGUGAAGAUAUACCAGUAUUGAUGACAAUUUUGUACAAAAGGAAAUUAAAAAGUGGACACUUACAAUUCCGCACAGUGUUUAACAGACCAUCUACUAACUUAGAAAAUAAAAAGUUAUGAUUUAACAACUCUCCAGUUUACUUCAAAUUUUUCAGAAACAGCCUAAAAACACAAGGUUUAAUUUUUGUGUAUGUCGAAAAUUUGCCAAUAAAAGUGAUCAGUAUAUGACUUGUUUAGGUGAAAUAUACAAAACCAUGAAAUUUGCAAAAAAUGAAUCCCUCAUGAAUAUUUUAGAUUUUGCAGUAUUUAUAUAAAGUCAGUGUGAACUUAAGGCAUUGUAUUUUACUCUGAUUAUUUGAUUAUUUGGUUUACCACCCUGGAGAAUAUUAAACUUGCAAUUAUUAAUUUUUGACUUUUUCAUAUUUAAAGGAGACAUGCCUUUACUACGUUUAUUUAAAGUAUCAGUUAAAUUAAAUCAAAAUAUCUUUUAAUAUUAAGUGCAUGGACUUAGAAAAAUAUUAUCUAAAUAAUAUAUCAUCCAUUAACAAAACUGCACAGGUUGUAGGUUUUUCCUGUAUGCCGUUGUGUGGGUCUUUACAAAAUAAGUAUAUAAAUUGUUUCUGUUUCAAAUAUUAUGGAGACAAAAUUUGCAAUUAGUUGUGAAGCCUUGAAUAAUAAAGGCUUUUUAUAGGUUAUUGAGUAAUAAAUUUGCAAAUUCAAACUGACUGUCAUGUCAGAAUUUUAGAAAUAAAUUACUGCAAUAAUGGGCCAUAGAUUGCCUGCAUUUUCUUAAGUGAUACAAAAUGUGUACUGGCCUAUAACAUUUGUGAUAACAUUUUGUUAAGAUUGAAUAGCCUUUUCUUAUAAGAUUGAAUAGCCUUAUUAGAAUUAUCAUAUACUUGAUUUUUUUUAUAACCAUCCUUUCAAAAGUCAUUAAGCUUGUGGUAUUUUCUUCACGAUUUAAAAAGACAUUUUUACUGCCAUUUUCUUUUUCUAUAUUUAAAGUUGUAUGAAAUAUAAUUGCAGAUGUCUGACCCAGCGUUAUGUAAAAAAAUAAAGAUUUCAUAUUGCUUUGAUAGAAAAAUUAACUACGAAAGGUUUUACAGGAAUGCCUGUAGAGAUUUUUUAUCAAGUGUAUUAUGUUUAUUUUAGCCUGUACUGUGAUCGUCUGUAUUUUCAUGAUUCCAUUUGCCUGUUAUUUAUUUAUAUCAUUUUUCAUGUGCAUUUGUUAAUCUUUUCAUCCCAAUUAUUUGUGCUAUGUGUUUCAUUGUUGGUUUAUGUUUUCACAAAGCAUUUAGUGUAGAAGUUAAAAUUGUUUCAUGUGGUCAUUUAAGUACUUAACCCUUACCAUGCUUGACACGAUUGAUUCUGCCUUUGCAACCAGUGUAGAUCAUGGUCAGCCUGCACAUCCAUGCAGUCUGAUCAUGAUCUGCACUGUUUGCUAUUCAGUCAGUAUCUUUUUGGUAAAACCCCUCUUAACAGUUAAUGGAACUGUCAAAAUUGGAAGAUGGACAAGUUCAUUAUAGAAAUUUAGCAAGGUAAGGGUUAAAGUUGUUUUUACGUGGUCAUUAAAAUACUAAAACAAAGAAAUAAUUGUAAAUAAAUGUUAGUCACAUUUAUUACACUUUUCUCUCUGUUUUAGGAGAGAACACCCUGUCUAACCUUUAAUUUGAUAAUGUACCCUUCUGGAUUGUGGAACAGGAUUUUCUACUUUAGUCAAUAGGGGGUAAGAGAUAGGUGAUCCGAUACUGUUUUGAGCAUACUCAUUCUACCAUCCCUUCUGAAUGUGAACUCUUCCUUUUGUGUCUGAAAGAUGGGACAAGUAUUCCUGUUUUACAGAGAUAUCUGUAGACUAUUUACUAGCCUGUUUUCACACCUUACGUUUUUGUUCAUAGGAGCUAACUGGAGGGUAUUCAAAUUUUUUUAUAUUUAUGCCCCUUGUCUUCUGAAACGGAUAAUUAGAGCAAGGAAGGAAUUUGCUGAGGACUUUAAAGCAGAAAAAUAUUGUUUAGAAUUAAAAAAGAUUAUCUAGUCUGUAGCCAGAGACUGUUUGCAUGCCUGGAUAGCUGAAAUAGUGGUAAAAGUACUUUAGUAAAUUAAAAAUCGUUUUAAUUAAUGUGGAUAUGACAGGUGUUUGAAAUACAAUUUUAUUUAAAGUUGUCUGAAAGUCACCAGGUCUUACUGAUAUUUUUCAACAAUUUUACCUUUCUCUCUUUUUUUCAGUACAUUUAAAAAAGCCUGAUAUUUUACUAGAACUGUCCGUUAUUUUUCACUGGAAAUUACAUAGCCUUGAUUAUAGAAAUUUUACAUUGUGAACAGUAACUCUGAGUCACCCUAUAUAAGAGAGAUAAUUUAAUGUUUCGAGCAAAAGUUAGGAGUUACGUAUAUAUUUUUCGGUUUAAUGCAAUUUUAUAAGAGCUAUUGGCUUGAUAGAAAGGAAUUGCGAUGCUACUCACACUCACUAGUUUAAAUUCACAUUCUUUAAAUAAUUGUUUUUGUCUUGUUUUGUAAAAUAAAAGUUCUGUUCAUUGUAUAAUAAGCCAUCGUGUCAUUUUUUAUACAUACAUUCUAUAGAUUAUAUAUUAUAUACUGUAUAUAUAUCUUGCAGAUAUUUUGAUGAAAUUUAAUAUAUGUGUACAUGAUGUGAUUGUGUUAAGUGUACAUGAAUGUGUAUGUAUGUACACAACAGUGUACAUGAAUAUUUGACUGACAAGCGUGGUUAAUUUUUUUUGCCAUGGUCUGAAUAAAAGGCAAUAUUAAAAUCUGAUACAAAACCUG